ACAAACAACAACAACAUAACCAGCACAUCCAAGCUAUGUUAGCAUUGUCAAAAUACAGCUUAGAUUGUGCUGGUUCUUUUUGUAAUAGUACAACUAUGUUUUAUUUUGUAAUACAUUACAUAUUAAUUGAGUUCUUAUGCAACCUUUGCAGUUGUUCAAUGUGAGAAGCCAGUAACACUUAAUCUAAUGUCUUCUAAAUUUAGUGUAAAUAUUUGCUGUAUGGCAUUGUCAUGUGCCAUGAUGUGGGACAAUGAAUGCUUGCUGUUUGUUUUCCUUUUGUUGGCCAAACAAGAUUUCAUUUACUUCUGAUGAAUUUCAUAGAAUUUUGUUCAAUGGAGCACAUCUGAAUUACUAAAAGAAAGGAGUGGAGUCAGAUCACCAUAAUUAGUUUCUACUGUCCUUUUUCAUUGUCCUUUGUCUCAUGGUAUGAUAAAUGACCUUGCAAAUAGUUAAUAAUAAAUAUCCCAAAUUGCUGUAGGAUAUGAGUUCCGCUGCUACACAUUGUUCGGUGAACAGAUAUUAAUUUUCUGUUCUGUUUAAAAAAGCUCUCAGUUCUUCAGUAGGUGUAAAGUAAGCCAGUGAUCUUUAAAGUGGGCUGUUUCACCUCGUUCAUAAAAAAAUGGUGUUUCUCGGGUGGUUUUCAAACAAUCCAGAAAGACUAGAAAGUAGCACAGCUUCUUUCAGUGUAUUGCAUUUUUGCUUUGCGUUAAUUGGACUGCAGAAGUUGAUGGAUCGGGAAUUUUCCUGCCCAUGUUCUACUGGGUUUAACAUGACACUGAUCAGCUUCAUCUUUCUUGGACCUGCUUUUCUGGCUCUGGCUGUGAUGAUGUUCAUUCAAAGGCCUUGCAGACGGUCAUCUUCCCAUUGUGCUGGGCUAUUUGUAGUUUGUCUGAUUCCAUCUUCGUUGUGGGUCUUUCUGUUGUUGUUUGAGGGGGAAUAUGUCGCUUGUGGCAUGACACACUGGGAAGGCGAUUACGUGCUGGAUGAAGAACUCCAAAUAAAAUGGUGCAAACCCACUGGAGUGAAGGACCCUGGAGUGAACGCAACAGACCUGCGAGAACUGACAGAAAAACUCAUUUUCUACUCAAGGUUUUCAGCUUUAGUUCUGCUCGUAUCCCUUAGCGUUGUUGUCAUGGCUGCUGUAACCUAUUGGGAUUGUAGAACAAGAUGUCUGGAGCAUCAGGAAAAGCAGGAUAAACCAAAACAACUAUCAGAGUUAUCCGUCGUCUACGGCUCAGAGGUUGAACUGCAGCGGUCUGUAUGAACUUAGGGUGAUCUACAUAUUAAUGCACAUAGAUUAAUACUGUUUCGAGGGUGGCCUCUGCUCAAACAUUCACCGUUUAUUUGUACUUGAUAAAUAUAUCUCUGUGGUUUAUUUUUCCUUUGCUGUACUGUCUUGAUAUAUCUAAACAUGUUCAAUUAAAAUGGACCUCCUGGCUGAAUUAAAUAAAAAUAU